UAUUAGGAUAAUUGUUUCGUAAUCACCAAACCAUCCUUCUUCAAGGUUUUGUUAUUAGUUUUGUUAGCCGGUUCUUUUAGAGUGUCAAUCUCCAUUACCUAGUUGAGACGAGUUCUAUUAAAUUUUACUUUCCUUGCAAAAAUAUGUUUGUUACAGUUUCAAGUUUGUGUUAACGAGUAGUAAAAUAAUACCAAGCCUUCCUGUCGUCAUCGGAUUCUUAUCUUCGAAGGUCACCAACGCGUUCGCUCGGACAGAGCACUGAAAAUCAAACCCCGUGUGAGUGUUAAGUUAUCAUUUGAGAAACGGAAGCAAAAAUGACCGAAUUCAAUCCGGAAUUCCGUGGGUACCGUUCGCCGCUGAGCACUCGCUAUGCCAGCAAGGAGAUGCAGUAUCUGUUCAGCGAGCAGAAUAAAUUCUCCACCUGGCGCAAGCUAUGGAUCAUCCUGGCCAAGGCACAAAAGGAACUUGGUUUGGAAAUCAGCGAUGCCCAGAUCGCCGAGAUGGAAGCUCACAUCGAGGACAUCGAUUUCCCGGCGGCCGCCGAAGAGGAAAAGCUUACGCGACACGACGUGAUGGCCCACGUCCAUGUGUUCGCCAAGCAGUGCCCACUGGCGGCUCCAAUCAUCCAUCUGGGCGCCACUUCGUGCUACGUUGGCGACAAUACCGAUCUGCUGGUGCUUAAAGGUGGCCUGGAUUCCCUUCUACCCAAACUGGUGGGAGUCAUCAAGCGGUUGUCGGAGUUUGCCGUCGAAUACCGGGAUCUGCCAACGCUGGGAUUCACCCAUUUGCAGCCGGCACAGCUGACCACCGUUGGCAAACGGUGCACCCUGUGGGUUCAAGACCUUCUGAUGGACGAACGUGCCCUUAGAAACUGCCGAGACAACUUGCGCUUCCGAGGCGUUAAAGGAACCACCGGGACGCAAGCAUCUUUCUUGCAGCUGUUUGCCGGCGAUGGAGAUAAAGUCAGACAGCUGGACCAGAAGGUUACUAACCUUGCUGGGUUCGAGAAAUACUAUGCCGUAACUGGGCAAACCUAUACCCGAAAAGUUGAUCUGGAGAUUGUCUCCGCAUUGUCCAGUUUGGGAGCCACGGUUCACAAAAUGUGCUCGGACUUACGUCUCCUGGCUUCCCGUAAGGAAGUCGAAGAACCUUUUGAAAAAACUCAAAUCGGAAGCUCCGCGAUGGCCUACAAGCGCAAUCCGAUGCGUUCGGAACGAUGCUGCGCUUUGGCGAGACAUCUGAUCACUCUUCACGCCAGUGCCGCCAACACUUUGGCAGUCCAGUGGCUGGAGCGGACAUUGGACGAUUCGGCGAAUCGUCGCCUAACCCUUUCGGAAGCGUUCCUAUCGGCGGACGCUUGUCUUCUCACGCUGCUCAACAUCUCCCAAGGAUUGGUGGUCUAUCCGAAGGUAAUCGAGCGCAACAUCGCUCAGGAGCUUCCGUUCAUGUCCACCGAAAACGUGAUCAUGGCCAUGGUGAAGGCCGGUGGUGAUCGCCAGAUUUGCCACGAGAAGAUCCGUGUGCUGUCGCACGAAGCCGGAGCCCAGGUCAAGCAGCACGGCAAGGACAAUGAUUUGGUGGAGCGCAUCCGGGCCGAUGCCUAUUUUGCGCCGAUUUUGGGCGAUUUGGACAACAUUCUGGACCCGAAGACGUUCACCGGUCGCGCGGCGGAUCAAGUGUUGGAGUUUGUCCGGGAGGAGGUCGAUCCGGUGGUUGCCAGAUACGGCAGCAACGUCGAGACCAAGUCAAUUGGGUUGGCGAUUUGAGUUAUCGCAUGUAAAAAAAUUGGUUUGUGAAUAAUGAAUAAAAUUGCCGAUGGAAAGUUCGAAUUGUUUUAGCGAUUGCAAACAACAGGAGAUCUUAUAGUUGAUCUUACAUAUUAUAUCUUACAGGCUAUUUGGGCUAGCUAUGCAUGUUUUUUUUUAAAUAAAUUGCAUCUCGUCCCCUUAAUGCUACAACUAGAUAACUCAAAAAUCAAAAUUUUGAGAUGUGCAACUUUGAAAAUAUUACUAUUUUACAAGGUGAUCAUUAAUCGCAGAGAAUAUGAAUGGAAAAUAAACUUCAACUUAUGUAUUUUUAACCACACGCGAGUGAACUGCGGAUAUAAUGCAGAUCUAAUUGAGAAUAUUUUUUUGCCAUAUUGAAGUCAAAAUUUUCAAAUUUCGAGUUAUCUAGUUGUAGCAUCAAGGGGACGAUCUGUACCUAUGUGUAUAGCAGUUAGUGGA